AUGCGUUGCUCUAUUAUUGCCAUCACUUUCGCUGCUGCCGUGGCCGUCGCGGCUCCAGGCGCCAAACCUGGCGGAUCCACCAGCGACAUCGAGUCGGCCGCAUCCUCGAUUUCCAAGGACUUCAUCCCCCAGUCUGCUGAUGGUGCCGCCAAUUCCGAUAGCCUGGUCACCGUCGACAAACGCGGGGAGGACCUCGACAUCAAGUCUCUCCUGUCGGCCCUGAGUAAAAUCUUGGGCAAGCCUGUGGAAGAGUUGGUCGAGUCACUUGGCCUGUGA